AUUUUAUCACAACGACGAGUCUAAUAAGUCUAACCAAUAUACCCAUUUAUUUAUUGUAAAUACGGCUAAGAAUAAUAGAGAGUGUGAAUAACAAAAACUAUGGAUCCCAGAGAGAUUCAAACUGAAGCAAAUUCGGAUCCUAACCAAUCAACUCAUGUAUAUCAUCUGGCUUUGGAUAUUGGGGGAUCCCUCGCCAAGUUAGUUUACUUCACAAAAGAUGAUGAUCAUUUUGUUGAUGGUGAGGAGGGGAAAUCUCCUAGAAAGGCUUUGGAGAAAUCCAAAGGCAGGAGGAACUAUCCCGUUCUUCAUGGGAGGCUCAAUUUUAAGAAGUUUGAAACAAGCAAGAUAAAUGAUUGCAUAGAAUUUAUCAAGACCAUGAAACUUUGUCUUGGAGGUAGUCAGCAGCAAGAAAAUCCUGGAAGUCAGCCAAUAGCUCUUAAGGCCACAGGUGGUGGUGCAUAUGUAUAUACAGACCUCUUCAAGGAUAGACUGGGGAUCAUUCUUGACAAGGAAGAUGAAAUGGAUUGUCUUGUUGCCGGAGCAAAUUUUCUUCUUGAGGUGGUCCCCCAGGAAGCAUUUACCUAUAUGGGUGAUCAAAAGCAAUUUGUGCAGAUUGACCAGAAUGAACUGUAUCCCUAUCUUCUUGUUAAUAUUGGGUCUGGAGUUAGCAUGAUCAAGGUGGAAGGAGAUGGAAAGUUUGAACGAGUUAGUGGAACAAGUAUAGGUGGAGGCACUUUCUGGGGUUUAGGAAAGCUUUUAACUAAGUGCAAGAGUUUUGAUGAGUUGCUGGAAUUAAGUUAUCGGGGGAACAACAGAGCAGUAGAUAUGCUUGUUGGAGAUAUUUAUGGUGGAAUGGACUAUUCAAAGAUAGGUCUUUCAUCAACUGCAAUAGCCUCUAGUUUUGGAAGGGCAAUGUCUGACAAUAAGGACUGUAAAGAUUACAAACCUGAAGAUAUUGCUCGAUCUCUUCUAAGAAUGAUCUCAAAUAAUAUUGGACAGAUCUCUUACUUAAAUGCCCUUCGAUUUGGGCUGAAGAGGAUUUUUUUUGGUGGAUUUUUUAUUCGGAGGCAUCCUUUUACGAUGGACACAUUAUCUGUUGCUGUUAAUUUCUGGUCUAAAGGUGAGGCCAAAGCAAUGUUUUUGCGGCAUGAAGGGUUUCUUGGAGCUAUGGGUGCCUUUAUGAGUUCUGAUAAACAUGGCCUCAAGGAAUUAUUGGUCAAUCAAGUGGUGCAACGAACUCCAAACAAGUUAUCCUUUGCUUUGGAUAAAAUACAUGGUCCACUAGAUGGGGAAUUAAAUGGAGAUGAAAGUAUAGAGUGCAGUGUCUAUGCUGCUUAGAUGAAGCAAUCCUUCGUUGCUUGCAUGACUUGUAGAUAGAACUUCUAUAGUUUGAUUCUGUAAAAUGGUCGAAAGUAGUAAUUAUAAUAAGUGAUUGACUUAGAAUUAAAGGAAAUCAUAAAAUUAGAAUGUCAACUCCGAAGUGAAUGUCAUUGUUUAACUCUUUCACUUGAUGCAUUGUGUUGUAUAACACAGCUAGUGAUUUGUAUGAAUACAUAAACUGUAAUCUUCUUCCUCAUUUAAUGAGAUACCCCCGGUUCUUUGGUUC